AGCUUCUCAUAUCUUCCACAGGUUUCCAAGUACUAUGUAAACCCAGCGACGGCCAAUGUGCUUCGCAAUGUUAGACCUGUCAAGACGUUAAAAAAGCACACUUAGCCACCUACUUGCAAAAUGCUGCAACAAUACCAGCAUGUCCUGCAUUCAGGGCAACAUUUGCAGAGUCGUCAGCGGCUGGUGUCAUGCGGUGCAAAAGCCAACAGGCAGCAAGGCGGAAAAGCAAGCGGAAGAGGUUUUGGGUCAUCAGCACCUGCCUCAAAGACAUUGCAGCGGCGCCGUGGUUUGGAGGUUCAGCUCUUGGACGAUUUGCCACCAGUAAUUGUAGACCCGGAUUCCGGAAUCCAUGAAAGCACGCGCGACACAUGUUUAUUCUUCAUGAACAAAACAGAGGAACUAUGCGGACGGCUGCCAAAGCUGCUUGACAGUGCUUGGGCGAAGGCGGUUGCGGAGCGCAUCGAUGACUGCGUCUCGCGGCCGAUUGCGUUGACCUCCCCUGGACACACAGCUAUGUUGCACCUUCUCGACAUCACACAUGACGACCUCGUAAACCCAGCGCUAAUUGCGGCCGUUUGGGACCGUGUACAGCCAGAUGCCGUGACCGUUGACGUACCUCAGUCGUACAUCAAGUCCUUCACACGUGUGGCAAAAGCCAUGGACCCCAAACUCCUUCACAAGCUCAUGGCCGCACCGCUGACGUCGCUGUCUGGGGCCCUGGACCACGCGGAUGAUUUCGACCGGCUCCGCUGGCAUCAUGCCGUACUCUCCGUCACGGGCCCCGCCGGCAGCAGCCCCAUUGCCGUUGGCGAGGAAGCGCUGGUCAACACAUUCGCCGCUCGGGACCUCUACCUCAGCGAGUGUGUAGCGGUGGCGCAACUCGCGGUAGCGGGAGCGGCAGCUGGAGGAGGAGCAGCGGCAGCAGCAGGGACCGCUGUCAUGGUGCACGGCAUAGAUCCGGAGGACGACCCCGCGCAGGCCCUUCUGGACUCCGACGACCUGUGGGGUGAGGCUGACAUGCGCGAGUGGCAGCAGCGGCUGCUGGGGGCGGCUGAUCCGCAGCUGCGGGCGGCAGUCAACACGUGGCUGCAGGGUAUUCCCGCGGGUACCUCCUCCUCCACCCCCCGGCAGCGCUUCGUGCUGGGGCGGCUGCUGCAGGCGCUGAGUGCAGCCCGGCAACGGGCGUUGAUGGCGGCUGACGACGCCUGGCGAUCCUCUCACUCCAAUCCCCAGAUACGGCAGCAACAUGAGUUCCGUACCGCUCGUGUCGUACAGCAGUUGGGGGCAAUUCGGGAUGUGGCGUGCGGGCGGU